UAACUCUUCAUCAUCCUUUGUAUUUCAGUUGAUGCUCAUCCUUUUGUAUCUGCAACAUAUUUGUAACAUACAUAACAUUUUGUAAUAUUUUUGAUCUCUCUCUGUGUCUCUGUGUCACGCAGGUACAUAUGGCGUCUUCCAUGUUCGUGCGGUUCAGCUUUGUGGUGGUGGUGAUGGUGGUGGGCUGCUUGGUGGAGCCAUCUGAUGCUUUGGAGUACUAUGUGGGUGGUAAAGAGGGCUGGUCUUUGAAGCCUUCCAAGACCUUCAAUCACUGGGCUUCACUUAACCGCUUCCAAGUCCACGAUUCUCUCAUUUUCAAGUACGAAAAUGGAACGGAUUCGGUUCUUCAAGUUGAUCAAGAGGGCUACAUCACAUGCAACAAAACAAAUCCCAUACUGGCUUUGGAGAACAAAGGCGAUCACUCCACUUUCGAUCUGGAUCAUUCGGGAUUCUUUUUCUUUAUCAGCGGUCAUGCCGAUAAUUGCCAAAAGGGGCAGAAGGUUAUUAUCUUGGUGAUGGCACCCAGAAACUACACCCAUAAAUCUCCAACUCAUGCGCCUGCUCCAUCCCAGCAAGCUUCAGCUCCUGGACCGUCUGUCGUAGAGGGAAUUAGUCCUGUUUCGGGUCAGGCACCAGGGCCUUCCCAGGGAAUUAGUCCUGUUUCGAGCCAGGCACCCGCUCCAUUCCAGGAAAUUAGUCCUGUCUCGAGCCAGGCACCAGGGCCAUCUCAGGGAAUUAGUCCUGUUUCAAGCCAGGCCCCGGCUCCAUUCGAGGGAAUUAGUCCUGUUUCGAGCCAGGCACCAGGGCCAUCCCAGGGAAUUAGUCCUGUUUCGAGCCAGGCACCAGCUCCAUUCCAGGGAGUUCCACAUGUUUUACCUCCAGCACAAUCUCCUGUCCACAAACCUCGUCCUAUUACAAGUCCAGCACCAGCACCGUCUCGAGUCGGCUCAAGUACCCAUCAUCACACACAUAGUCCCGCACCAGCACCGUCUCGAGCUGGUGCAAGUACUCAUCAUCACACAACACCAGCGCCAGCACCGUCUCGAGCUGGAACAAGUACAAGUACUCAUCAUCAUCACACACACAGUCCCGCACCCUCACCGUCUCGAGUUGCCACAACUACUCAUCAUCACCCUCCCGCAGCCUCUCCGGUCCAGCAAGUCACUGCGGCUCCAAGUCCAGCUCCGACGCCAAUCAACAAGAAUCCCCCGGCUGCAUCCCCAGGCCCUUCUCAGGCAGCAGCGCCAGGACCGUCUGAUCAAGCUCCGUCUCCAGACGACGGUCAAUCUGCAGCUGCAGCGACGUCGUUCGGGGGUGAUUUACUGAUGGCAGCGCUGUUAGUUUGGAUGAUUUUUACCUGAAAUGAGUUGUAUUAUGUAAGCGCAUUUAAUAUUUUUGAUCGUUUGUAGAUGUUGGAUGUUUUCUCUACAGUAGACGUUAAGUAUGCAUGCAGUGUGUUUAGGUGAAAAUAAAG